AUGGAAGCAGCCAUUGCUUUUCAUAACCGGGGGGGAGACAUUUACUGAGGAAUGCACAGUUCCCAUGAUUUAAAACGCUCCAUGAGAGCAAACAUGCUGCCGUUUCAAGACAUCUGAAACUCAGAAUGUAGCGGGAGAGGCACUAACUCAUGAAGAAGGUUAUGGAGCCAAACCUUCAGUGUUUCAUCGUUUUUACCCUUUUUGGCUUUGUCCUAACCUCCUUCAAUGAGCACCUCCAUAAUGGGACCAGCCACUACAGUUACUGUGUGCUCGGAGCUGGACCUGCUGGUCUGCAGAUGGGGUUCUUUCUCUCCAAAGCAAAGAGGGACUACAUUAUCUUGGAGAGGAACUCUGGUCCCGGGAGCUUUUUCAACAAAUAUCCCAGACACAGGAAGCUGAUUAGCAUUAACAAAAUCCACACAGGAAGGUCUAAUCGGGAGUUUAACCUUCGACAUGAUUGGAACUCUCUGCUGAGCGAUAGACCUGACCUGCUGUUCAGGAGGGUGAGCGAGGAGUUCUACCCCCCCGCCGACGCCUUCCCUCGGUACCUGUCCAUGUUUGUGAAGGAGCUCGGGUUGAAGGUAAAGUACGGCGUGGACAUCGGACGGAUCAGGUCCAUGCCGUCGGCCGCAGGAAGGAGCUACAUCCUCACUGACCAACAUGCAGCAGAUUACUCAUGCAGUAUCCUUCUAGUUGCCACGGGUCUGUGGGUUCCUCAGGAGGUGGAGUUUGAAGGGUCAGACCUGGUUGAGGGCUACGAGUCCAUCUCCACUAACCCGGACGACUACAAAGAUCAGGCUGUGCUGAUCCUGGGGAAAGGAAACUCUGCUUUUGAAACCGCCCAGAGCAUCUUAGGGAGAGCGAGCCGUCUGCACAUGCUCAGCUCCAGCCCCGUGCGGCUGGCCUGGCAGACGCAUUACGUCGGAGAUCUCAGAGCCGUUAAUAACGAGCUGUUAGACACAUACCAGCUGAAAUCCCUUGACGGGCUGGUGGAGGCCCACCUGGAGGACAUCGUUAUCGCUAAACAGGAGGAGAGCAGCAGGAGGAGAUCAAAGAGGAGGGCCAAGCUCUAUCUGGGUUUGCAAAAGUACAUGCAGAGCAGCGAUGAGCGGAGUGGUUCCACCGUAUCACGAGAGGAGCUUCCUGCGCAUUACAUCGACAACUUUCCCCUGCGGAAACCCUAUGACCGAGUGAUCCGAUGCCUUGGAUUCAGGUUCAACUUCAGCAUUUUCCACAGCUCUGCGUGCCCACCACAUAGCGAAAAUGCAAAAGGGCGACUUCCAGGUGUGACGGCGUGGUACGAGGGUAAGAACACCCCUGGCCUGUUCCUUCUGGGGACUGCCUCUCACUCUAGAGACUACCGGGCCUCCGCUGGCGGCUUCGUCCACGGAUUCCGUUACACAGCCCGAGCCGUCCACCGUGUGCUUGAGUACCGUUACCAUGGCAACACAUGGCCAUCGACGAGGCUCAUGACAACGCAGCUGAUGUCCUGGAUCCUGAAGCGGGUGGGAGAGGCCUCUGGACCGUACCAGAUGUUCGAGAUGCUGGGAGACGUUAUUCUUCUUCAUGGCUCUCACUGCGAGUACGUCGAGGAGUUCCUGCUCCAAGCUUUGCCCCAGUUCUCCUCUCUGUCUGGCCACCAGGUGUCUAAUCAUGGACUCAUAGUGGUGGUCAUGCAGUAUGGGAAGAAGAAGAUUGACUUUCUUGGGCAUGGCAGGGCAGAAACAGACUGGAAAAGAGCUUGGAAAUCCAACUUUCUCCAUCCGGUUUUAUACUACUAUGACUCCCUCCCUACAGAGCAAGACAUGAGGAUGCGUCCCCAUGGCUGGCCUUUACCGAGGCCGAAGGCGAUCCAUCAUAUGGUUGAGGACUUCCUCACCGAGUGGGACGCUCCAUUGUCUCACAUCCAGCCGCUGCGGCGCUUCCUGGAGCAUUGUGUCCAGACUGACCUGAGGGCAUUUAGUGCAGAAACAUGUUUCCGCUCAGCCCUCACACACCGUAAGGCCCCACUGUUUUGUCAGCAGGGGUAUUUAAAUCAGCACUACGGUCAGCGGCGGCGGUGUGUUAAUGAAGCCGGACAGGUGCCAGCUGAGAAGGUCACUGCAGGAACAUCAUUGGGAGCAAACCCUUCACUUCCAAACUACCUGGCACCAGCUGGAGCAUCUGUGUCUUCUGGACUGAAACUUGACCUCUGAUUGUUUUACCCAUCAUAUGCAAAGCUGUUCAGUUCUAUCCUUAUACCAGAGAACUUAUUUUACCUGCUAUCAUUCUUGUAAAUCUCUCAGACUAUUUGAAAUAAAGAUAUAUUUUUCUUAAUUGUGAGAGGGUUUAGUGUUAAAGACAAAAGUAGUUUUCAAACUGAUAUUUUUCUUUCUUAACCUGAAUGUUGCAAAUUAUAAUUAACACUGGAACCAACAUGUUACUUAAGAGCUCCUUUGUUGUCGUUUUUUUAAAAUAGAUUUCUGUCUCUACAUUGGAGUGUCUAAGAUUUGCUGAUAAAAAGCUACACAGCUGUUCACAAAAUAUACUUUAAUCAUAUUUUACUUAAAAUAUAACAUGAAUAAAAGUUGAUAACAUGCAAAA